AAGCUGGUGAGGUCCCUGGUCAUCACAGGGAGUAUAUGAGCCUGGAGGAUCCCUUCCAGAGUGUGGUCAUCACCCCCUCCUCUGAUUUUCACCUACUUAUCCUCGGUCUCAGGAGGCUGGGCCGGAGGGGGCCAGAGGAGCCUGUUAGUCCCUGACCAAGGGGCAGCCUGGGCCCCCAGUGCCCCACUCAGACACUGCCCCCCAUGGCUUUCUGACCGUACCCUCCCUCCAGCUGACCAGCUAGAGGGCCUUCUGACCCCUCUGCCUGCCUGCUGGUUUGGAAAAGCCUGAUCUCGUCCCUCCCUCUUAGGGCUUCAGUUUCCCCAUCUAUAAUUGUCUAUGGUUCUGCGCCAAGCUGGGGUCCUGGCCAGCCGCCUCCAUAUGCCUCAGUUUCCUCUGGGGCACACUUUAAUAUCCCUUUCCUCACAGGGGCUAUAGUGCCAUCUUCCAGAUGGAUCAGCUGAGGCUCUGAGGAGUGGCAGAACUUGCCCGUGGGUACCGCCACCUGUCACAGGCUAACAGGAGGUCAGAGGUCAGGCCCCCAGGGAGACCAGCUAGGGAUGCGCCUUCCAAAGGUGGCCUGGUCAGGAGGGGGAGGAGUGAAACGCGGCGCCUCUCAGACUCUCCACCGCAUCGGGGAAACUGAGGCCCGGAGCAGCACCGGCUGGCCAGGGUCCCCCAGCACCAGGCCCCUGAGACCGCAGGGCUGGCCCGCCCGGGAAGGACUGGGUCCGCGGGCCGGCCCCCGCCUGGCCAGCCCUCCCCGCCCACCUCCCCCACCCUGGCCGCCAGCACGGGGCGAGUGCAGAACAAAAGACGCGGGGGCGGGGCCGGGCGGGCGGGGGCGGGGCGGAGGCUAUAAGGGGCGGUGGCCGGCGCGGCCCAACAGGCCCAGCAGCCCCGGGGCGGAUGGCUUGGGCCGCCCGGCUCCGCGGCGCGGCCCCGCGCGCCCUCCUUCUCCCGCUGCUGCUGCUGCUGCUCCCGCCGCCGCCGCUGCUGGCCCGGGCCCCGCGGUCGCCGGAUGCCCACCGCCGCCACCCAGUGAGAAGGGGUCCACAGCCCUGGCGUGAAGCUCCUCCCAGCAGCCCAGCAUCUGCCCCGACUGCCCAGGAGGCCCCUCAGCCUGCCGCCGGCCCCAGACCUCCCCGCUGCGGCGUGCCUGACCCGCUGGAUGGGCCGAGUGCCCACAACCGACAAAAGCGGUUCGUGCUGUCGGGCGGGCGCUGGGAAAAGACGGACCUCACCUACAGGAUCCUCCGGUUCCCAUGGCAGCUGGUGCGGGAACAGGUGCGGCAGACGGUGGCAGAGGCCCUACAGGUAUGGAGUGAUGUGACGCCACUCACCUUUACCGAGGUGCACGAGGGCCACGCUGACAUCAUGAUCGACUUCACCAGGUACUGGCAUGGGGACAACCUGCCAUUUGAUGGACCUGGGGGCAUCCUGGCCCACGCCUUCUUCCCCAAGACCCACCGAGAAGGGGAUGUCCACUUCGACUAUGACGAGACCUGGACAAUCGGGGACAACCAGGGCACAGACCUCCUGCAGGUGGCAGCCCAUGAAUUUGGCCAUGUGCUCGGGCUGCAGCACACGACAGCUGCUAAGGCCCUCAUGUCCCCUUUCUACACCUUCCGAUACCCGCUGAGCCUCAGCCCGGAUGACCGCAGGGGCAUCCAGCACCUCUACGGCCGGCCUCGACUAGCCCCCACCUCUAGGCCCCCAGACCUGGGCCCCGGGGCCGGGGUGGACACCAACGAGAUUGCACCACUGGAGGUGAGGCCCAGGAGGGUGGGGAGGCAGGAGGUGAGGCCCUGCUUCCAGCCCCGACCCCCACUGCUGGCCUCUGUGGCUCCAGUGCAGGCUCUUUUUGACCCUUCUCUCCUACCCCAGCCAGAUGCCCCACCAGAUGCCUGCCAGGUCUCCUUUGAUGCGGUCGCCACCAUCCGCGGCGAACUCUUCUUCUUCAAGGCAGGCUUUGUAUGGCGGCUGCGCGGGGGCCAGCUGCAGCCCGGCUACCCUGCGCUGGCCUCGCGCCACUGGCAGGGGCUGCCCACCUCCGUGGAUGCAGCCUUCGAGGAUGCCCAGGGCCACAUCUGGUUCUUCCAAGGAGCUCAAUACUGGGUAUACGAUGGUGAGAAGCCAGUCCUGGGCCCCGCGCCCCUCUCUGAGCUGGGCCUACUGGGGUCCCUGGUCCACGCCGCCCUGGUCUGGGGCCCCGAGAAGAACAAGAUCUACUUCUUCCGAGGCGGAGACUACUGGCGCUUCCACCCCAGCACCCGCCGUGUGGACAGCCCUGUGCCCCGCCGGGCCACCGACUGGCGAGGGGUGCCCUCUGAGAUCGACGCUGCCUUCCAGGAUGCUGACGGCUAUGCCUACUUCCUGCGCGGCCGCCUCUACUGGAAGUUUGACCCUGUGAAGGUGAAGGCCCUGGAGGGCUUCCCCCGCCUCGUGGGCCCCGACUUCUUUGGGUGUACCGAGCCUGCCAAUACUUUCCGCUAACCAUGGCUUGGAUGUCCUCAGGGCCCCUAACCCCUGCCAGGACACUGACAUCGGCUGGAGACCGUGGCCAUCUUUGUGGCUGUGGGCACUGGGUGCGGCACGGAGCCGUGCCUACCCGGGGGUGGGGGGGGAGGCGGGCACUGCCAUCAGGACUGCAGGAAGGGCCGCGCGGGUCGUGGCCACUGCCAGUGACUGCCUCAGACUGGGCAGGGAGGCUCCGGCAUUAAGGGUGAGGGUGGCCUCAGGCCAGCUCCACCCAACCUGUGCUGGUCACAGUCAAACCCAGCUGCCUUGGGUCUCUGUCCCCAUCCUUCAGAGUAGCACCUCAGCAGGGCUGGGGGAGUUGGAGCCCUCACUGUCCUGGCUGUGGGGUAACACAGGGUGCUGGCAUGUGGGUCCCAGGGCACUGUGCCUUCUGUCUUUUCCUGAGAAGUCAGCUCUAGUAGGUGCUUGGAACUGGCUGCCUUCCAGUUGGUGGUUCUGGAGACCUGUUCCCCAGGAUCCAGGGCACAAGGGCCAGGCAGCUGGGGAGGGGGGUGCUUCCUGCCAGAGACCCUGGGACCUGGAGGCCCCAACAUACCUCAAUCCUAUCACGGGUCAGAUCCUCUCCAGCCCUCACCCCACACCAAGC